UCUGCCUUCGCUCUUCAGUCGUCGUGACGACCUCGAACCGUUAGUGUCGCGUGGUACAUAACAGUCAAGAACGUGGUUUCAUCUUCUCCCGAUGUUCGUCCGCUCCCCCUCCUUCCCUUAUUUUUGUUUUCCCUCGCGGCGUCAUCGUACGUAGCUCUGUGACGCGCGGAACAAUGUCGGAGUGGCGCAGUUCGGAAUCGCGUCCGUACCCGCGUUCAGGGAUCUGCAGUGUCGCGAAUUGAAAUCGCGAUUCUCGUUGUGUCGUUUUGGUGUCCGGUAUUCCGAAAUUCGUGAGGAUCUGUGUACGCGCGUUUCUCGCUGCGCGGACGAUCGGGAGUUUAAACAGGUGUGUGCGAGGGUGGCGAACGAUCGUACGUGGAACAUCUUCAAGAAUGAAGGAAGCCGAUUUCGAAAUCGAUGGGCAGUGUAGUGCGUCGCAGUGUCCUGUUUCGGGAUUGUGAGCUAAUCAUCGCGAGCAGAGGUUGUCUGAAGUAAUCAUCAUUCUCCAGAAUUCUUAUCAGGUACGUACACCCUCAACCCAAGCGUCUCUUUCUAAGAGAAACUCGGAGUUUAAGUUUCGCGCGAAGCUGACACCGGGCACCCACGUAUGCAGACGCCCUCAAUACCUUAAACCGUUUGAACAAAGAAGGUGAAGUACUUGCCCUCCAGGAUGAUCUCACAACGCACCCCACCUUGGCUUUGAUGCGACGCAUCCUUGCAGAUGCACAGGCAAAAUUUCGCGUGAUGGUGGAGGAGAACGCAGCGACUGGCGCCCGGCUUGACGGGGAGCUGGAACGAGCCAGGGGCGAGUGCGCCACGCUCCGCGGCGAACUGAGGGACGUUCGCGGUGCCUUGCCGGUGGUAUUGAACAAUAACAAUAGCGGGGCCGUGGCCAACAACAGCAACAACAACGCGACGGGUAGCGGAACGAACAACAGCAGCAGCCCUGGACAAGAGGCCAGCGACCAGCAGAAGCAGCAGCAGCAGCAGCAGCAGCAAUCGCAGGAAGAUGGGAAGAGACUAAGCGCUGGAAGCAGUCCCGUGGAGAAGAGGAGCUCGGCCAGCGAUAAAUCGGCCAGUCCCAUCGAUAAGAGGACCAGUCCUGUGGACAGGAAGGAUAGAACCAGCCCUGUCGACCGAAGAGCCAGUCCUAUAGAAAAACGGAAUGUAUCGCCGAGUCGGUCUCCGAGCGAGAAAGCACGCCGGCCGUUUGCCCCGGCUUUGGAGAAGACUCGGCUGGGCGGUUCCGGCGGAAGCGUGGACUCCCGAUCCGGAAGCGCCAGCCCGGACCGAGGCAGCAGAGGGUUCUUUCAUCGGGGCGCGAGUGAUCGUUCCAGCAUCGAGAGACUUCGGAUAUCAACCACGGGUUCCUUACGAUCCGCCGGCAAGGAGAUGAACGAGAAGGACAUUGACAAGGAUCUGGUGGACGGCGAGGUGAGGGCCGACGAGGACAAUGAACCACCUGGACCGGCCCCGGGCAGCAGACCCUCGUCGCCGGCUAAUUCCCUGGGAAUUGGUGAUCCAUUGGUGGCGUCGAGGCUAUCGAACAUUCAUGGUGGUGGUGGUAGCACCGGGUCGGUUGAACUGGCCAGCACGAGGCGGCUUCGGCUGGAGAACGAACGUCUCGUGGCGGAAGUGGCGAGAUUGAGAAGAUUGCUGUUCACCGGUGCGGGACGCGGCGAGGUGGGCUCCGAGGACGCGGCGCAGGAGGAAGACGCGCGAUUCGUCGCCCUCGAGAUGGAACUGCAACACGCCAAAGAAGCUCUACAGGCACUCAAGGCCGAUCGGAAGAGGCUCAAGGCCGAAAAGUUCGAUCUCCUUAAUCAAAUGAAGGCGCUUUACGGCACCCUCGAGGACAAAGAGCGAGAGCUACGCGACUUCAUCAGGAACUAUGAACAGCGGAUGCGAGAGAACGAGGCGACCUUAGGACGGCUUCAGCAAGGAGUCGGCAUACCUUCCGAGGAACGGGAACGCGAGAGGGAGAGGGAACGCUGGAGCCUGCUGAGGGCCGCGAGGGACGAAGCCGAUCGAAGUCUCAGCCUCGCGGCUAGUUUGGCCGACAAAGAGGCCGCCCUUUCGCACGCACACGCGACUAUAAAAGAGUUGCAGCGUCAAUUGGCGGAGAGGGGCGGCGGCGGUGGUAUCUGUUUGAGCGAUCAGGAAUCGUUGGUCUCGUUCCCAAGGGGCAGCGUGAACGGUGCCGCGACACCGGGUGCUGGGAGCAGCAGCGGCGGUGGCUGCGGGAUCGUCUCUCACAUGAACUCCCAGCCGCCGUUAGGCAGCACGGAGCUCGGAGUGACCGUCGGGAACGUCGGCAAUGCGGCAGGUGCCGGAUCUUCCGGCGGACAAGCCGGCGAUCGCGGAAGUUGCAGCGCGGACAGCGGCGUACGUGGUUCCAGCGACAGGGAAAGCGGAGGUGCGACCAGCGUGGGUGGAAAUCUUUCCGACUCGACGACAGACGGCACGCCGACAAUUACGGUCGAGGGAAGCGGCCUCGACAUGGACUGCAUCUCCGUGGUUUCCUCCAUUGCACCGUCCCACAUAUACCAGUCGGCUACAACGCCGAAAGAUUGCAGCCCGACUCUUUCGCCGAUGAACGCGUUCUCUAGGUCGAUGGACAACUCCUCGUUGUCGCGAUCGGUCGAACAGUUGUCGAGCCCGCUGGAAUCGGAGCCGAGAAGGAGCAAGCAGAACACGCCUGUCGCGGCGCCGACUGCUCACUCGCGAUCCUCCGCGAACCGAGGCGGCACUUGGGGCUCCAUUUCCAGUUUCCUCGCGUCAUUUUUCAGAGUGUUCGCUCGCACGCGGCACCGAAAGACGGCGAACAAUUCGAGCGGCGGAAGCGGAAGCAACGAGGGCUCCGACGGGUUCGACCCUUAUAGAUCUUGGUCCCCGCUCACCGAGGAGGGCUACGCAGAGAAGCUUCGUUUGCUCAGAGAAGCCGCGUCCGUGCCCAUGGAACGGUGGAGGGCUCCGACUGUUUUAGCGUGGUUAGAGGUUGCUCUUGGUAUGCCGCAGUACGGUCCACGGUGCGCUGAGAACGUCAAGUCCGGAAAAGUUUUACUGGAGCUGAGCGACGCCGAGUUAGAAGCAGGACUCGGCGUGACGCAUCCCCUUCACAGGAAAAAGCUGCGAUUAGCGAUCGAGGAGCAUCGACAGCCUAGCCUCGUUCGAUACCCGUGCAUCGCCCAACUGGGUCACACCUGGGUCAGCUCCGAAUGGUUGCCCGACCUUGGACUCGCCCAGUAUUCCGAGAGUUUCGCGACCAAUAUGGUAGACGCGCGGAUGCUCGAUCACCUGAGCAAGAAGGAACUCGAGAAGCUGCUCGGCGUGACCAGGAAGUUUCAUCAGGCUAGCAUCGUGCACGGAAUUCAUCUGUUGCGGCUGCUCAACUACGAUCGACAGGCACUCGCGGUCAGAAGACAUCAGUGCGAGCAAGUGGACACGGAUCCUCUGGUGUGGACCAACCAGAGGUUCAUUCGGUGGGCGAGGAACAUCGAUCUGGCUGAAUACGCCGAGAACUUAAAGGAUUCAGGUGUGCACGGUGCUCUGGUAGUGCUGGAGCCAUCGUUCACCGGGGACACCAUGGCCACGGCCCUGGGCAUUCCACCGGCUAAGCACAUGAUCCGACGACAUCUCACCGCCGAACUGGAAGCCCUCGUUGUUCCAGCAAGAAGUCAGCUGGAGGUGGUCCCGAGGAACAGCACCGGCGGGGGUCGUCCGAUGAGCACCGUGAGCGCAGGGGGUAGCCUCGGUCGCGGAAGCAGGGCGUUGCACCUUCAGCAUCAUCAGAGCUCCCUGUCCGCGCUCCACAUGACGGCCAAUCACUCGGGCACGGUCGAUAGACGCCGAUCCAGCCUCAGGACCUGCAGUCUUCUUUACUUGAAAAAGUUGUCGUGGAAGAGCUCACAGGGAUCGUUGAGUAGAGCGUUCGGGCUGCGACCGAGGAGCGAGAAGGCAUCCCCAUCGUCCUCUUCGGACACCGGGAGUCUGGCCAGCCAGUACAUGAGCAGCGCAAGGAGCAACUCGCCGCCACCGCCGCAGCUGCCACCGCGACCGAUGACCGGGAACAAGAGGCACCGCAGAGUGAAGAGCAUAGGCGACAUCGACUACAUAACGAGCGCAGCGGUCAGCACGCCCGUUUGACAAGAGGGUAGGCCCCAGCAUCCGGGGCCAUAUCGGAGCCUCAGCGAGCGCGGUUAUUCCUCCUCGUAUUCGUCGCAAUACGGCUCUUAUUCCGGUUACAGCAACGU